AGGCGAGGCGAGGCGAGAUCCAAGGCGACGGCGGUCGGCGGAGGGAGAUGUUUGGGCUGCAGGCGAGCGGCGCGGCGGCGUCGUGGGUGGUGGGGCGGAUGGGCACGGACGCGCACCUCUACGACGACCCCGACGACGCCUCCAUCCCCACCCUGCUCGACUCCCGCUUCGACGCCGACAAGCUCGACGCCCUCAAGCGCCUCCUCGCCCUCAUCGCCCAGGGCGUCGAUGUCUCCCACCACUUCCCGCAGGUUGUCAAGAAUGUGGCGUCGCAGUCACUGGAGGUCAAGAAGCUCGUCUACUUAUACCUCCUCCACUACGCCGAGAAGCGCCAAAAUGAAGCUCUUCUUUCUAUUAACAUAUUUCAGAAGGAUUUAUCUGAUAUUAACCCAUUAGUGAGGGCAUGGGCACUACGAACUAUGGCUGGAAUUAGACUGCAUGUCGUUGCUCCACUCGUGUUAGUGGCUGUAAAGAAAUGUGCAAGGGACCCAUCGGCGUAUGUUCGAAAAUGUGUUGCCUAUGCACUUUGUAAGCUCCACGACUUACUUCCAGAGGAAACUACAUCCUUGGAAGAGACUGUAGAUGUUUUGUUCAGUGACAACUCCCCUGGAGUAGUGGGAGCUACUGCUGUUGCUUUCAAUUCAGUUUGUCCAAAUUGUUUACCCUUGAUAGCAAAGCAUUUCCAAAGGCUAUGUGAGACACUCCCAGAUAUUGAAGAAUGGGCUCAGAUUCUUCUAAUUGAUAUCAUAUUGCGAUAUGUAAUAGCUAAACAUGGAUUGGUAAAGGAUUCUUCAAUUUUUGCUUCCAAUUUGCGUUUGGAGAGCCAGGGCAGUGGAGAUUCAGCUGGCAAUGAAACUUGUGGCACUAUAUCAGCCAUCACAUUGUUUCGACAUUAUAUCGAAGAAUAUUCAGGAUGUUUAGAAGGUGACACAAUCAACUGUUCAUCAGUGACCAGUAGCACAAACAAUGAUGUUGCACUACUUUUGAAAUGCACAUCACCUCUUCUGUGGAGCCGAAACAGUGGAGUUAUACUUGCAGCAGCAAGUGUUCAUUGGAUCAUGGCUCCAGUUGACCAACUGAAUAGAGUUGUUGGGCCAAUUUUAUUUACUCUACGCUCGUCUCCUGAUGCAACAUAUGUGAUGCUUGGCAACAUGAUAGUUUUUGCCAAGACAGCACCACAAUUGUUUGCUCCGUUCUAUGAAGAUUUUUUCAUAUGCGCUUCAGAUCCAUAUCAGACGAAGGCUUUGAAGCUUGAAAUACUGACCACCAUAGCCACCGAGUCCUCUAUUCCAGCAAUUUUUGAAGAAUUUCAGGAUUAUAUUAAAGAUCCGGAUAGAAGAUUUGUGGCAGACACAGUUGCUGCCAUUGCGCUGUGUGCCCAGAAGCUUCCCUCUAUCACUACCACUUGCCUUGAGGGGCUUUUGGCACUAGUAUUCUAUGAAUCAUCUAUAAGUAAUUCUGCUCACUUUGAUGGAGAAGCUGCUGUUCUAGUUCAAGCAAUUUUGUCUAUCAAAGCAAUAGUGAGAACAGAUCCAGCAUCUCAUGAAAAGGUGAUCGUACGCUUGGUCCGCUGUCUGGACAAAAUUAAAGAGCCUGCAGCACGAUCCCUGAUUAUUUGGAUAUUUGGAGAGUAUAGCUCCAUAGGAAAUCUCAUUCCAAAGAUGGCUCUUGCUGUCUUCAAGUAUCUUGCAUGGUCCUUUGCUGCUGAAGUGCUUGAGACAAAGCUUCAAAUCUUAAAUGCUGCUGCAAAGGUUAUAAUGCAUUCUCCUGAAGAAAACUUAGAAGAAUUCAAAAAGAUAAUGGCCCAUGUCAUUAAGUUGGCAACAUGUGAUUUGAAUUAUGAUGUCCGUGAUCGUGCUCGUUUUAUAUCAAAACUUCUGCCACACUGCAUAACCUAUUUUAAUGGAAAUGACUCAUGUCAAUCACGUAAUGAAGAUAUGUUUAAGGGACUGGCUAAUCAUAUAUUUGAUGGGAAGAUACCACCAACAUUCUGUUACACCAACAGCUACCGGAUUUAUCUUCCUGGUUCCUUGUCACAGGUUGUUCUUCAUGCAGCUCCUGGUUACGCACAGCUUCCAAAGCCUCAAAGUAUGGAAUUAAUUCACAAGACCAUGGAACCAACCAGAGGAGUAGGCAAUUCUUCUGAAAGCAAUAAUUCUGGUGCUGAAUCUGGAUCUUCAACAUAUGAUAGUGGUUCUGUUUAUGAUUCAGAGAGUGAAGGUGGUGGCUCAUCUGACAGGGAUGCUGCUGCAUCUAACAAAAAUGAUAAUCAAGAAGAUCCUCUGGUUCAUGUUUAUGAUGCAAGGGUUGAUCAAGGUCAGACAACUAGGGAUGUUGAGGAAAAUUUUGCAUCUCUCAUCACUACUGAUUUGACUGAAUUAAUGUCUAAGUCAGCAUUGGAAACAUGGCUUGAUGAGGCUCCUGCUGAGCCAGUUCAGGCUUCUACACAGACAUCAUCUGCCAGAGUGUCAUUUACCAAUCGGAGCUUUGAGCGAAAACCUAAAUUGCAUAAAUUGUUAGACCCAUCUAGUAGUAAUGGUCUAAGUGUUCUUUAUGCCUUUUCAUCUGAGGUUUCACCCGUAUCACACUUGCUAAUAUGUUUAGACUUGUUCUUUGAGAACGUUUCAUCAGACGAACUGGUCGAUAUAACAAUUAAAUCUGAUGAGGCUUCUGGUAGUGAGGAUGGCUUGGACCAAACAUUACAAGGAUCUGCAAGCGUUCCAACUAUUGUUCUUGAUAAAGAGAUACAAUUGUUGGCUCCUCAACAAGCAGCAAAAAUGAUUCUUCAGGUUCACUUCCAUCAUCAUCUAUUGCCCCUUAAGUUGUAUGUGCUCUGCAAUGGAAAAAGGCAUCCAGCAAAACUUCAUCCUGACAUAGCUUAUUUUGUGCGGCCACUGCCUAUGGACUUAAAUGCCUUUCUAUGCAAGGAAAACCAGCUGCGGGGAAUGUAUGAGUAUGCUAGAAGGUGCACCUUCAAAGAUCAUCUUCAGAAGCUUGAGCACAUCGAUGAUACAGAGCAAGCUGAUAAGAACCUUCUGAUAGCCCAGAGCGUUGCAUCAAAAAUACUGAACAAUGCCAACUUUCACUUGGUUUCAAUGGAUAUGCCAGUGACCUUCAGCAUUGACGAUGCUUCUGGCUUAUGCUGGCGAUUCAGCAGCGAAAUCAUGAGCACUUCAAACCCUAGCCUAAUUACCAUCAUCGCGGAAGGGCAUAUAUCGGAACCACUGGACCUCACUGUUAAGGUGAACUCUGAAGAUGCUGCGUUUGGCCCAAAUCUCCUAAACAGAGUUGUAGCAAUCGUAGAGUGAAGCUUUAUGUUUUAACAUAUGUGCAUUUAGGUUUAUUAAAUGCCACUGUGUAUACUGUAAAUUGUUGUACAUUAUUUGCAAGCUCUGAGGGUCUUAUAGUAAAGAUACACAGCAAAUGUAUGGACGUCUGGUACCACAAAUGAAUUGAAAUGUUGAAUCUUCCUUCCA